CUGGGUCUUUUAUUUUGAAAUCCGGAAGCUUGUGUUGACCCGGAAGUACUGUUUGAUUUAUUGUAGGAAGUUUUCCGUUGAAAGAACGACACUGAUUUAAUAAAGAGUCGGAAAACAGAACGGUAUGGACUCUCCAGGCAGAAGUCGAAGCCCGAGCCCUGAAAAGAAAGAAAACAGCGGACCAUCAGAAGAAGACUCGAGUCCAGUGGCAGAGAGGCCCCAAGAGACUGCAGCAGUCGAAAAAAGCCCUGCAGAGAGGCCGUCCCCCCAGGCCAGUCCUGCCGACCGUCCGCCCUCCGGGAGCCCGGCUUCAAGUCCUGCCUCCAGCAGCUCAGACGACAGCACCAGCAGCAGUGAUGAGGAUGAACACAAUGGGACACUGAGGAGGAUUAGGAGCAGCGUGGCCCAGAUCAAAAGAUCAAAAUCCAAGUCCCAAGAGCGAGAAAGAUCCAGGUCCAGAGAUCGAGAAAGAUCCAGGUCCGGAUCCAGGGAGCGAGACAGAUCAUGUGGCCGGUCAGGUUCGAGAGACAGAGACCGAUCCAGGUCAAGAUCCAGAUCCAGAUCUAGGUCUAGAGGACGAGACAGGUCUGGGUCAAGAGGACGGGACAGAUCUAGGUCCAGAGAGAGAGACCGGGACCGCUACAACCGAGGACGCUAUAACAGGGAUCGCUAUGACGAUCGCAGAGAUGACAGAGGCGGGCGUUACGACAGGCGACGGGAUAUGGACGGCGGCAUGGAUCGCAGGAGGCACGGCCGCUGGGCCUCCCCUCCACCAGAGGGGGAGCCAGAAAAGAACGAAGAGCCGCCGGUCAAGAAGAAGAAGGAGGAGAUCGACCCGAUCCUGACGAGGACGGGGGGAGCUUACAUCCCGCCGGCCAAGCUGCGCUUGAUGCAGCAGCAGAUCACAGACAAGAGCAGCCUGGCCUAUCAGAGGAUGAGCUGGGAAGCUCUGAAAAAGUCCAUCAACGGUCUCAUCAACAAAGUCAACGUAUCCAACAUGAUCCACAUCAUCCAGGAGCUGCUGCAGGAGAACAUCGUCAGGGGGAGGGGUCUGCUGUCUCGCUCCGUGCUGCAGGCUCAGGCAGCGUCUCCCAUCUUUACUCACGUCUACUCCGCCGUUGUCGCCAUCAUCAACUCAAAGUUCCCACAGAUUGGAGAGCUGAUCCUCAAACGCCUCAUCCUGAACUUCAGGAAAAGCUACCGUCGCAACCUCAAGCAACAGUGCCUGACAGCCUCAAAGUUUGUGGCUCAUCUCAUCAACCAGAACGUGGCCCAUGAGGUGCUGUGUCUGGAGAUGCUCACUCUGCUGCUGGAGCGUCCGACUGACGACAGCGUCGAGGUCGCCAUUGCCUUCCUGAAGGAGUGCGGACUCAAACUGACCGAGGUGUCACCGCGAGGAAUCAACGCUAUAUUCGAGCGUCUCAGGAAUGUCCUUCACGAGUCCAGCAUCGAUAAGAGGGUCCAGUACAUGAUUGAGGUGAUGUUCGCCAUCAGAAAGGACGGUUUCAAAGACCACCCUGUGAUCCCAGACGGCCUGGACCUGGUGGACGAUGAGGACCAGUUUACCCACAUGCUACCUCUGGACGACGAGUACAACACGGAGGAUAUCCUCAAUGUGUUCAAGCUGGACCCGGACUUCCUGGAAAACGAAGAGAAAUACAAAACCAUUAAAAAAGAAAUCCUGGACGAGGGCAGCAGCGAUUCAGGGGAGGACGGAGACGGGAGUGAUGAAGAUGAGGAGGACGAAGAAGAGAAAGAGGGGGAAGAAGAAGAUGAAAAGGUCACCAUCUUUGAUAAGACAGAAGUCAACCUGGUGGCUUUCAGAAGAACCAUCUACCUCGCCAUACAGUCCAGUUUGGACUUUGAGGAGUGCGCUCACAAAUUGAUCAAGAUGGACUUUCCUGACAGCCAGACGAAAGAGCUGUGCAACAUGAUCCUGGACUGCUGCGCCCAACAGAGGACCUAUGAGAAGUUUUUUGGACUUCUUGCCGGGAGAUUCUGCCUGCUGAAGAAGGAGUACAUGGAGAGUUUCGAAGGGAUCUUUGCAGAGCAGUAUGACACAAUUCAUCGUCUAGAGACCAACAAACUGAGAAAUGUGGCUCGACUGUUCGCUCACUUGCUGUACACCGACUCUGUGCCCUGGAGUGUGUUGGAGUGUAUCCGGAUGAGUGAGGAGACAACAACAUCCUCCAGCAGGAUCUUUGUGAAGAUCCUUUUCCAGGAGCUCUGUGCCUACAUGGGUCUCCCCAGACUCAACCAGAGACUUAAAGACCAGACACUGCAGCCGUUCUUUGAAGGUCUGUUUCCUCGUGAUAAUCCGAGAAACACUCGCUUCGCCAUCAACUUCUUCACCUCUAUUGGACUGGGAGGACUGACGGAUGAGUUGAGGGAACAUCUGAAGAAUGCUCCCAAGAUGAUCAUGACCCAGAACCAGGAGGUUGAAUCCUCUGACACCUCUUCCUCAUCAUCAUCCUCGUCCUCAUCCGACUCCUCCUCCUCAGACUCCUCUAGCGAAUCAGAUUCAGACUCGUCAGACUCCUCCUCCAGCAGCAGCAGCUCAGACUCAGACUCCAAACACCGGAAGAAGAAGAGGAGGAAAGACCAAGGCGAGGAGAAGAAGAAGAACAAGAAGAAAAAAGAGAAGGUGAAGAAGAAGAAAGACAAACCAUCUGACAAAAAGCGAGCGGUGAGAAAGAGCGACGACGAGGAUGACAGUGACGAUGAGAACCAGAAGAAAAAGGACAAGAAAGGCCGUGCACGAGAGGUAGAGGAGCGCGAGCGUCCACGUGAGGUAGAGGAGCGCGGGCGUGCACAGGAUGUAGAGAAGCGUGGGCGUGCACGUGAUGUAGAAGAGCGUAGCCGUGCACAUGAUGUAGAAGAGCGCGGGCGUGCACGUGAUGGAGAAGAGAGGGAACAUGUACGUCAGGUAGAGGAGCGAGAGCGUGCACGUGACGUAGAGGAGCGCGGGCGUGCACGUGAAGGUGAAGCAGAGGAGAGGGAACGCGUACGCGAUGGUCCACGCCGAAACCGACGGGACGAGAGAGCAGAAGAAGAGGAGGAGCGGCAGGACGAGGAGAGGAGAAGAAAAGUGGACGUUCAAGGCCGACAAAGGGACGGAGAGAGGGAGAGAGACAGAGACCGAGGGAGGGAGAGAGACCGAGAAAGGGGGAGAGAGAGAGAUUAUGAGGAGAAAAGGGAGAGCGAGAGAGAGCGAGAGAGGCAGAGGGACACAGAGAGGAAUAAAGAGAACAGAGACAGGAACAGAGAGAGAGAGGAGAGGAGGAGGAGAUAAAGCCCUUCAUCCCUCCGUCCUGAAGCAGCAGUGAUGGACUGAUGAUUGACAGACGUGUGAAGCCUUCAUCUUUCCUUGCUGUCAUCCUUCUCCUCUUCACGUCAUCCCGUCUCACUCUGGUGUAUUGGAUUUGGGACCCAUCUUUCUCUCCCUCUCCCUCUCUAUGUUUUUCUGUCUGUAUUUUCUAUAAUGAUAUUUGUUGUUAAUGAAAUGUGAAAAAAAAAAACAUUAAAGUUGCUUUAGAUGUUUUAAA